AAUGAGAGAGCAGGCGAGACCGGUCAGAGGUGAAGAGCCAGCGUGUGAAACCCCUGCGUAACAAGCUGUCUGGCGCAGGAGCGAUAUUUCCUGAGAAUACAACAGUAGCUCGUUGUUUUAUAUAAGAGGGUAUAGUCUUCAUUUUGAAUUGAAAUCCUGUAUCAAUUCAUCACAUCAACACAUUACAACAUUACAACAUUACAAUCCAUAAUCUUACACACUUACUUCGAAGUCAUGGCUUCCUCAUCUGUUCCCCAACGUCUCGAAUGCUACGGCGGUCAGGUUUCGAACCCCGCCGCUGGCAAAUACAAGCUUUCAUGCUUUCUCUACGAUGACGCAGACCAUCUCAAAUGCUCUCUUGCGCCGAACGACAUUCUCGCCAGUCAGAGCUUCACUUUUACCCGUCUUCGUGUUUAUCACUCUCCGGUCCAUACGUUCUGGUACUUUCCAGAAGCAAUCAGAGUCAACCCUGGAGACACGAUUGUUUUCAGCCUUACCUUUGGGGCCAAGAAAGCUACCAUCUUCCGCGGGGCAGAGGUCUCAACUGUUGUUGAACUCUUGAAGGGCCCAUCCCCUGAUGCUCUAGGAGAGUAUGCCGCGAUGAUUGGCCAUACAGAUACCUAUUUGGAGAAGUUUUUCGCGCUUGCACACGUUCACGCACUUCUCGGUAGCACUGUCCAGGAGUUUGAAGCGGAUUUGGCCAGAAGAGCAAUACCCGAUGAUACCGAGCUUAGCAAGCUCAGUCCAGAGCAGUUCAAGGAGAUCAAUAAUGCCAACGCUACCGUUCGUCUUCAGGGCAACAAGACUUCAUUUGAUGAUCAGGAUAUAUACGACAAGACGGCCUUUCUUGCAUGUGUCGUCAAUGCCCGUUUAGCUGCCGCUGCGAAGGCACAGCAUCCUGAGCAGUAUGACAUCACAAAGCCUGAGGAGCGGAUGGCAAUGACCAAUGCUGCAGCAAAUGGGUUAUUCAACAAAUACUACAACGGCAUGGGCAGCUUCGAGGCUACAAAGUCCAUGACCAACUCCAGCGUCAAAAAGAGGUACUCUUCAGCUUCGGUAAAGUUGGACGCUAUCCGAGAUAUCUUCUCAUCUCUUGCACUGCCGGAUUCGGCCUUGUCAAUGCUUCUCGACGCUGUACAAUCUUUCCUCAAUACCGCCAAAGAGUUGGCAAUUGAAAGCAAGAAAAAGGAUCUCCAUAAUGCAAAGUUGAUCAAUUUCAUCAGCAUCCAACCGCCGCUAGGCAACCCUGAGCUCCGGCAUGUCCCAAAGAUGCGAAUGAUUUACGUUUAAUUCAGCGAGACGACCAGCGAAUGGACGAGCAAUUGUGGCAAGGGCGAGACCUACGACCUGGACGUUUCGGUCUAUGCUUUUGACACCGAGCUUAGUAGAGAGGUGGUGGAGCUUACGCAUGGCAAAUGCGUGGAUCUUUUGACUGCGGCAGCUAAUGUCGACCUCGAGGCACUUGGACCGAGUGGCUCGCCGUCUGCUACAAGUAAACCAGUCUCGGUCAACAGGCCCAAUCCUGUUGGCCCCCCACCUAUCCCACCUCCGUAGAUGUUAGCAUAUCUUCAUACACAUUUCCUACUGCAGAGGCAACAAUAAAUAGAACCUUGAUUGAAUAUUUGACUAAGAC